UAGCGGAGCCUCGUGUGAGAGGAGGCAGCACUGGCCAGUGCCAGGGCCCCAGACUGCGGAAGGGCAAGGGGAGAAGCGGUCGGCAUUCCCGGCCUAGUACCCCGCCUCGGCGCCAGAGAGUGGACAUGGCCCAGAACCUGAAGGACUUCGCGGGGCGGCUGCCCGCCGGGCCCCGUGGCAUGGGCACGGCGCUGAAGCUGCUGUUCGGGGCCGGGGCCGUAGCCUAUGGAGUCCGAGAGUCCGUGUUCACUGUGGAAGGUGGGCAAAGAGCCAUUUUCUUUAACCGAAUCGGUGGUGUGCAGCAGGACACCAUCCUCUCGGAAGGACUACAUUUCAAGAUCCCCUGGUUCCAGUACUCCAUCAUCUAUGACAUUCGUGCCCGGCCCCGCAAGAUCUCUUGUCCCACAGGCUCCAAAGACCUUCAGAUGGUGAACAUCUCCCUUCGAGUGCUCUCCCGACCCAAUGCCCUGGAGCUGCCCAGCACGUACCAGCGCCUAGGCUUGGACUACGACGAGCGUGUGUUGUCCUCAAUCGUGAAUGAGGUGCUCAAGAGUGUUGUGGCCAAGUUUAACGCCUCACAGCUUAUCACACAGCGGGCCCAGGUGUCCUUGUUGAUCCGGCGGGAGCUGACAGAAUGGGCCAAGGACUUCAGCCUCAUUCUGGAAGAUGUAGCCAUCACAAAGCUGAGUUUCAGCACAGAGUAUACAGCCGCAGUGGAGGCCAAGCAAGUGGCCCAGCAGGAGGCCCAGAGGGCUCAGUUUCUGGUGGAAAAGGCAAAACAGGAACAGCGACAGAAGAUCGUACAAGCUGAGGGUGAACCUGAGGCUGCCAAGAUGCUUGGGGAAGCUCUGAGCAAGAACCCCGGCUACAUCAAACUUCAGAAGAUUCGAGCUGCCCAGAACAUCUCCAAAACCAUCGCCACAUCUCAGAACCGAAUCUAUCUCACUGCUGAGAACCUUGUACUGAACUUGCAGGAUGAAAGCUUCACUCGGGGAAGUGACAGCCUCAUCAAGGGCAAGAAAUAGAGACCUCCUCCUGACCUCCAGAGAAAGGUGAUCUCUUCCUCCCUGAGUUAGUGAUGGAUGA